AUGACUCUGAGACCUCCGCUGGAAGGGAAGGCCGAGGUCGGCGCGGCCUUGGGGGAGGCCCGACCUACCUGCGCCACCGCCACCUCUGGAGGUCUUCCCACCUUCGAAUCCAGGUCCCCGGGCGAGGAAAUUUCUCAGGAGAUCAGCAGUGGCCACUGCGGACUGACCAAGGGCCCGGAAACCCCGCCCCUUUCGGACGGUUUUCGCCAACAAGCAGAUCAGCACUCUGGAGAGCUCCUCCAAACGCCCGCACUAACUGGGCGCCCCAGAGAGGAGGAAACUGGCGGCGGGAGGCAGCUGGAGCAAGUUCAGAUCAAAACCUGGGUCCAAAGUCGCCGCAAGAGUCUGAAACGCCAGUUGCAGGACUUGGGGCCCCUGACCCCUCCAGGCUUCCCUCCACUUUUACAGCCCCCUGCCCCAGUGCUCAGCACCAGCGCCGCCGCGGGCCUGCCGUACACGUACCCCGGUGAUCCAGACAGACGCAGAACCAAGAUGUAUAAGUUGGUGGUGAUGGGCACCUUUUGUGUGGGCAAGACUGCACUGAUCAUGCAAUUCACUAAGAAUCAUUUUAUGACUGAAUAUGGCCCCACCAUCCAAGAUUCCUACCGUAAGCACACAGUGGUGGAUGAAGAGCAGUGCCAGCUGGACAUCUUGGAUACCACAAGCACUGAAGCAUUUUAUUGCCUAAGGGAUGAGUCCAUGCACUGGGGAGAGGGAUUCCUCUUAGUCUAUGCAGUGAAUGACCUCUACUCUUUUGACAAUGUGAAUAUCCUCUGGGACCGUCUACAGGGAAUCAAGGGCACCAACCGUGUACCCGUGGUGUUGGUGGCCAACAAAGUAGACGUAACUGAUAGGCUGGUGAACCAUACAGUGGGCCAGGAGGUGGCCAGGAGCUUCGGGAUCCCUUACGUGGAGACAUCAGCCAAGACUGGGCAAGGUGUGGAGCAAGCCUUCCAUGACUUGGUCCGAGAAAUUUGUAGGCUGCGAGCUGAGGAGGAGCUCAAGAGUCUCCCUAAUACUGAGCAGAAGAAAGUCUGGGAGUUCAAGUUUUGCACAAUCCAGUGA